UCACAGACACACACAAAUAAGUUGAUAGACGCAUACAUCGACCCUGCUCCAUAACUGGAGCCAGUCACCGAUACACACGCAUUCACUCAGGUAGGUAGACAGAUUUAGCACCUAACAAUCUCUCAAUGGUCCGACUUGAAAGGAGACAGUAGCAGCAGCCAGACAACUGCUGUGUCACUCAUACACACACAUAGAUAUAUAGACACAGUCAAACACACACACACACACACACACACAUAUAUAUAUAUAUAUAUAUAUAUAUAUAUAUAUAUAUAUAUAUAUAUAUACACACACACAUAAACACACUCAUCUAUACAAAAACAGUCACACACGUUUAUAGAGAACCAUUCACCGCCAUUUCCACAUUGUCACACAAUUCAGGUGAUGUACCACAUAGGCUGCCAUAAACAAUAACAAAGAAUCAUGAAUGAAAAUUUUGAAUCUCGGAGAAUUAAAAUCCUCCAGCAAGAACGUGUACAAAUUCAAAAGAAAACCUUCACAAAAUGGGCUAAUUCAUUUCUUGAAAAGACUCGGUUUUACAUCAAUGAUCUGUUCACAGACCUGUCUGAUGGCAAAAUCUUGAUGAAACUUUUAGAAAUAAUCUCCGGUGAAAGAGUUGGCAAACCAAAUGAAGGCAGAAUUAGGGUACAAAAAGUUGAGAAUGUUUUGAAGUGCUUACAGUUUUUAAAAUCCAAAAUUCACUUUGAAAACAUUGGUGCUGAAGAUAUUGUUGAUGGCAAUCAUCGGCUUAUUCUUGGACUUAUUUGGACAAUCAUCCUUAGAUUUCAAAUUCAAGAAAUUGUAGAAUUUGUGGAAGACGAUGACGGAGACCGUGAAAAAAAGUCUGCAAAGGAUGCAUUAUUACUUUGGUGUCAAAGGAAAACAGAUGGAUACCCUGGUGUACAUAUUGAAAAUUUCACCACUUCUUGGCGCAAUGGCCUGGGUUUUAAUGCCCUUAUUCAUGCUCAUCGCCCUGAGUUGAUUGCUUAUGAAGAACUAAUACCAUCUGAACACAUGCCAAAUCUGAACAACGCUUUUAAUGUGGCAAAGAACAUGGGCAUCCCCAAAAUGUUGGAUGCUGAAGAUGUUGAUGUACCUAAACCUGAUGAGAAAGUAAUCAUGACUUAUGUAUCAGCUUAUUACCACUAUUUUGCCAAAUUAAAGUCUGAAUUAACAGGUGGUAAAAGAAUUGCCAAGAUUAUCAACAACGUUCUUACUUUACGACAAAACCAAAAAGACUAUGAAUCUUUCACCACUAACCUGAUUGAGUGGAUUAACAAGAAGAUUAAAGAACUGAAUGAUCGCAAUUUUCCCAAUUCAUAUGAGGGUAUUAAAAACGAACUUUUAAAAUUCAAACAGUACCGAACUGUGGAGAAACCACCAAAGUUUAAAGAAAGAGGCCACAUUGAAGUUCUUUUCUUCAAUAUUCAAGCUAACCUGAAAGCAAAUGGGCAAAAAGGCUACACACCACCUGAGGGCAAAUUAGUUCAUGACAUUCACACAGCAUGGACUAAUUUGGAAAAAGCUGAGCAUGAUCGAGAAAUUGUGUUGAGGGAUCAACUUAGAAGGUUGGACAGAUUAGAACGGUUAGCUCAACGAUUUCACCAAAAGUCUUCCAUUCGUGAAACAUGGCUUGUGGAUAUGAAUCAAGUUUUAGAUGAAGAAAUCAUCAACACCAAUGCCAGUGAAACAGAUGCAGUUUUGAAGAAGCAUGAAGCAAUUAGUGCAGAAAUCUUAGCAGGAAAAGACCGUUUCAAACGAGUCAAUGAACUAGCAGAAGAACUUAUUAGAGAGAACUAUCAGGAUCGAGCAACUGUGAAAAAACGAAACGAUGCAAUAACAAAAAACUGGAAGAAGUUAUUGACUACAUUAGAAGAACGCAAGAAAAGCAUCAGUGCAUUGGAAAAUGGAAUGAUUUUCCUACGAGAGAUUGAUGGAGUCGAUGAAGAACUCAAAGAAUGUAAAGCAAAAGUCACUUCAGAAGUGCCAUUAAAACAUCUGCAAGCAGUUGAGGAUGCCUUACAGAAGCAUGAUUUAGUUGAAACUCAGAUGUCAGUCUUAUCAAAACGACUCUCUAAUCUGCAGGAUAAAGUUCAGAAAGUCGAUAAAGACACGGGUCAACCACUCUUGUUAAACCGAACCAAAGAAGUCACUGAAGAGCUUAAACUUGUGCAACAGUUGGUGGCAGAAAAACAAGAUAAAUUGAAGAAAUCUCUCCAGUAUUUCCAGUUUCUUCAGGAUCUCCAAGAAGAAGAUCAGUGGGUUGAUGAAAAAACCAAAAUCUUGAAAACUAAGGCUCUCUCUAAGGAUCUGAAGGCAGCUUUGCGUACACUGAAGAAAUACGAGGCUCAAGAAGCUGAAGUUAAUGUCCAUGAUCAACUUGGAAAAUCACUCUUAGCAACAGGUGCUAAGUUAAGAUCUGCAGGAUAUUCUUUCCCAUCAAAGGAUGGUACUGACAGACUGAAAAAGUUUGAGGACAAAUGGCAACAACUGAGAGAGCUGCUGCGAAUCCGCAGAGUUUGGUUGGAAGACUCCAUAGAAGCUCAGCAAUUUUAUGCUGAUGCAAAUGAGGCUGAGUCUUGGAUGAAGGACAAGUUGACUGUGGUGUGCAGCAAUGACCGUGGCCGUGAUGAAACUAGUGCCAAGGCAUUGCUGGUGCGACACCAUCGACUUAUGAAAGAAAUUGAUGCUUUUAGUCCUGAGAUUGAACGUCUUCGAGAACUUUCUAUUCUUAUGACCAAAGCUGCCAGUGAACACAAUAUAUCACCUGAUAAAUUUGUACGCUACAUGGAAAAUGGUGAAAAUGAUGCUGAUGAACUCGAUUCUGAAGUGGAGCCAACAGUUGUGGAAAAAGAAGUUUAUAAAGAUGUCUUAGUUAAAAAAGAAAUACCACAAGUUAAAGUAUUAUUUGGCUAUCAAAACCCUAAAGAUGGUAGUAGCAUUAAUAAAGGAGAAGUGGCUGAUUUGAUUAAGAAAGCCAACGAAGAAUGGUGGUGGGUAAUGAAAGCUGAUGGCACAGGGCUGUAUGUUCCCAAAACGUAUGUGAAAGAAACAGCUCCUCGUGUUGUCCAAGAAACAAGGAAGAAGUUGGUUUCAGUAAAAGAAAUUGUCAAAUCGCCAGCCGCUGCACCCUCCCCAUUGCAUAGAACGCCAUCUGUGCGUUCCAAAACCAAUCUUCAUUUUGACAAAGAUAAUGUGGAAAGCCGACAGAAACAAAUACAAGCAACUUAUAAUAAACUGCAAAAACUGAGCCAAGCUCGCUGUUCUUCUUUGGAAGAUGCUGUACGGUUGCUGUCUUUCUUUCAUCAGUGUGAUGAAUUUGAAGGUUGGAUUAAUGAAAAGGAGGAAAUGCUGAACAGUAAAGAGAGUCUUUCUGAUAACAUGACUGCAGUGAAGGCAAAGUAUGAGUCAUUGUUAACGAGUUUAGCUGCUAAUCAAGUACGACUCAAAGAUAUCAAUACUUUAGCUGAUGAAAUUAUUUCUUCUGGGAGCAGUCAAGAGGAUGCUGUUCGUAAAAGACAAAAAGAAAUACAAAAACGUUGGGAUAAUUUGAAUCGACUCAAGUUGAAUAAAGAAAAACUUUUAGAAGGAGCUUCAAGCAUUGAGAUGUUUAAACUAACCUGUGAUGACCUCCAAGAAUGGAUAAGAGAGAAAGAUAAUGCACUCUAUGAUGAUGACGUCGGAAAAGAUCUUGAAAGCAGCAAAAAUCUGAGAAGAAAACACAUGAAUUUUGAACGAGAACUUGUUCCUGUUGAAACAAAAAUGACAAAAAUGGCCUUUCUAGCUGACACUGUCCGUUCUGCAUACCCUAAUGAAAAGAAUUAUGUUGACCAAAGGCAAAAGGAAGUCGAGAAGCAGUGGAAAGCAUUACAAGACAAAGUACAAAAAAGAAGGAAACAGCUUGAUGAUUCUGUUACACAACAUCAGUUUGCAGAAGAUGGCAAAGAUCUUUUGGCAUGGGCUGAAAUUAUGGAGUCAAAAUUGAAAUCCUCUGAAAAACCUCGUGACUAUAAGACAGCUGAAAGUAUGCUGCAAGAACACAAGGAGUUAGGAAAAGAAAUUGAACAGAAGAAAGAAAAAUUCCGUCAUUUGGAGAAUGUCAAACUGCCUGGAGGUCAUACAGCAAAAACGGAAGAACUUUUGAAAAAACUGAAAAUUAAAGAGAAUAAUCUCGAUAAUAUCUGGCAGAAGAAGCAUAAAGAAUUGAAGGAUACCUUGAGCCUUCAGGGCUUCAAUAAAGAAGCUGAUUAUAUGGAUUACUUGAACAGUGGAAAUGAGUCCUUACUUGAGGUUUCUGGAAAACCAGACUCUUUGGAUGAUGUGGUGUGUCAAAUUCGUCAAAAUGAACUUUUCUGUAGCAAAAUGAAGGCUGGUGAUGAAAGGGUUAAUGCUUUUAAACAAAAGGCAGAUACAUUAUUGAAUGAAAAACAUCCAGACUCAGAACAUAUUGGUAAACGUAAGAACCAAAUUCUGCAGCAUCGAGCUGCAGUGAAAGAAAAGGCUUUACAACGGGCAGACGACUUAGAAAAGGCUAGGAAAUUUCUUGAAUUCAAGCGUAAUGCUAAUGAACUGUCUGAAUGGAUCAAAAACAAAAACCAAUCAGUUAAAGACUCCUCUAAAGAUGCCACUAAUGUAUCAGCUGCCUUGUUGAAACACCAAGCUUUUGAAGCUGAGCUAAAGGCUAACAGUGAAUGGCUUCAGUCUUUGAAUAAGGAUGGAAAGGCUAUGCUUGAUUCUGGUCAUGAAAACUCUAAAGAGGUGCAAGAAAUUCUCAGUCAAGUGAAUAAACAGUGGGAAGAAUUAUAUAAAAAUUCUGUAAAUCAGUCCAGUACUUUAAACCAUGCUUCACAGAUAGGAAAUCUCAAUAAGAGUGUUGAUGAUUCCAUUGUAAGUAUAACAGAACUUGGUAACAAAGUCAGAUGUGAAGAUGUUGGGUCUGAUCUUCGGAAUUGUAAAGAUCUUCUAAAGAAACACCAGAACCUUGAAAAUGAGAAAGCAUCAAUUGGAGAGAAUUUGAAAGUUAUAACUUGCCAAAGUCAAGAAUUAGCUAAAGCUGAUCCCAAAAACAAAGCUAACAUUAUUCAGAGUGUAAAUGAAGCUAAUAUUGAAUUUGAAAAACUGACACCUAAGUUUAAUUCCCGUAAGCAAACUUUGAAUCAAGCUUAUGGUUGGCACCAAAUGAAUUUUGAUGUUGAUAAUGAACUUCUAUGGAUCAAAGAAAAGCUACAUAGUGUCUCUUCUACUAAUUAUGGUAAAACCCUGUUGGAGGCUCAGAAUUUGCACACAAAACAUCAGAAAUUGGGUGUUGAAAUUCAAGGUCAUCAACCCUUGAUAGACAAAGUUUUAUCUACUGGAGCAAAACUCAUUCAGGAACAACACUUUGCUUCUAAGUCUAUAAAAGACAAAUGCCAGGACCUGCAACUCUCUUGGGAUGACCUACUUCGUAAAUAUAAGAUCAGAAAGAAGAAUCUAGAUUUGUCUUUACAAACUCAGAAGUAUUUAUCAGAAGUAGCAGAAGUAACUAGCUGGAUUAACUACCAAAUGGAGAUUUUAUCAAGCACGGAUUAUGGUAAAGAUGAAAAUGCUGCUGACAGGCUGUUGGCAAAGAAUAAGGUGUUAGAGACUGACCGACAGACCUAUCAAGGUGUGGCUAAUGCACUUGGCAAAGAAGCUACCAGACUCAUUAAAAGUGGCAGUGAUAAUCCUUCAAUGAUUCGUAAAACACAGGAUGGUCUGUAUGAUAUGUUGAAUAAACUGAAACAGCUCUCAGCUGAGCGCCGUGUUAAACUGGAAGAGUCGAAAAAUAUUCAUGCGUUCCGAAGAGAACAUGCAGACUGUGAAGAAUGGAUUGCAGAACAGAUGCAGAUAGCUUCUUUGGAGGAAUAUGGAGAAGAUUAUGAACACUUCGAAGUAUUGCAAGGUAAAUUUGAUGAAUUUAAGUGGAAUAUUGAAGCAGGUGUUGAACGUUUCAAUCGAUGUGACAAACUUGCUGGCUUAUUAAUAGAAGGAGAUGGACCAUAUGCCAAUGAAGUUCGCAAGAAACAAGAAAGUUUAGCAGACUCUUGGAAUCAGCUGCUGGUUCAGAUAGAAACACGUCAAGAAAAGCUGCGUGCUGCAAGUCAGCUGCACCGUUUCAGUCGCGAUGUUGCUGAUGCUCUCGAUAGAAUCCAGGAAAAACGAAGCAGCAUUCCUGAUGACCUUGGCAGAGACAUGCAAACAACUGCAAGUUACCAAAAGAGACAUGAAGUGUUUGAAAAUGAUCUGAUGGCUUUAGAGGCACAGCUUCAAGUACUGAUGGAUGAUUCUUCUCAUUUGCUAAAAGUCUAUACUUCUGAGGAGCUAAGAAAUAGCAUUAUUAAUUCUAAGGAAGAAAUCCUUGCUAAGUGGAGUGAAUUACAAGAAAUGGCAGAAUUACGCAAAGAGAAACUAGCUGCAGCUGCUAAUUACCAUCAUUUUCAGACUUCAGUGCGAGAACUUCUUGGUUGGGCUUCUGAAAUUGAACGGGAGAUGAGCUCUGAACCUCAAGUUAGAGAUUUACAAGCUGUACUUCAAUUAGAGAACCGGUAUAAUGAACUAAAAGCUGAGAUUGAUGCUCGUCAGGAUAUAUUUCUUCAAGUUGCUGACGAAGGAGCCCAAAUGAUUGAAAAUAAACAUUAUGCAAAGGCAGAGAUUCAGGAAAAGGUUGAUCAAAUUCUUUUAACUCAAGACAGACUUAAUACUUUGUGGGAAAAACGCAAACAAUACAACAACCAGCUUCAUGGUUUGCAUGUCUUUUUAAGAGAUACCAAUCAAUUAAACAGAAUUGCUUCUUCUCAAGAGGCUUCUCUCAACACUUCUGAUUGUGGUCUGAAUGUAGAAGAAGCAGAAACUCUUGCUCGUAAACAUGCAAACUUUGAAAAUUUGGUUGUUGCUCAGGAUGAAAAAUUGGAAAGUGUCAAGUGCCAAGCUAAAGAACUGCUGAAAAAUAAACAUGUAUCUUCUGACAUUGAAGCGCCAUUGGAAGCCAUCAUAAAAAGGAGAAAAUCCAUAAAAAACCAAUGUAAUGCCAGGAAAGAAAAUCUGCAGAAUUCCUUAGGUUACUUCCGUUUUAAAAGAGACCAAGAUGAGAUUGAAAACUGGAUGGAUGAUAAGCUGAAAGUUGCUGUUGAUGAUGAUGUUGUUAAAGAUACUACUGAUCUUAAUGUGAAACUGAAGAAACUGCAGAAACACCAAGCAUUUGUUUCAGAAAUAUAUGCCAACACUGAUAGGAUAGAAAAGACAAAGCAGAAUGGAGAAGCAUUAAUUAAGAAGAAUUAUCAAAAACAAGAGAUUCAGCAAUCUAUCAACUCCAUGACCAGUAAAUGGAACAACUUGUUGCAUGCAGCAGAGAGCCGAGGCAAAGGAUUGGAAGCAGCUCGAGAUCUUCUUAGCUUCUAUGAGCAGAUUGAGAAAGUGAAUGUUUGGAUGAGAGAAAAGGAAAUAUUAGUCAAUGCUGGAGAUAUGGGACGGGACUAUGAACAUUGUUUGGAACUUUUAAAGAAAGUCAACAAUCAAGAUGCCGCUGGCAUCAGGGUUGAUGAAAACAGAAUUCAGUCCAUCAGUGAUUUGGCUGAUAAAUUGAAUAAAGAAGCCAAAGAAAAGAGAGAUCAUAUGAUAAAAGAUUGGCGGCAACUGCAAGGGGCUUUGCAGAAAUACCGAUCUGAACUGGAGAAUCACUCUGAAAUCCAUGCAUUUAAUAGAGACGUCAAUGAUGUAACAGAACGAAUAAAAGAAAAGGAAGUUCAGUUGUCUACUGAUGAUUAUGGGAAAAACUUAGCAGCUGUUCAACUAUUGUUACGUAAGCAAGAAAAGAUUGAUAUGGAUUUCACUGUACUAGAAGCUGAUAUUAAGAAACUUGAAAAACAUGCUGACAAGCUGGAGCAGAAAUAUCCCCAUCUUUCUAGUUCCAUUGAAAAGAAAUUAACUGAAGCUAAAAUUAGUUGGGAAGAUCUUCAAAAACUCUUACGGAAACGAAAGUCAAAGUUGGCUGAAUCCUAUGAGCUGCUGAAAUUUCUCACUGAUGCCAAUGAAUCGGUGAACUGGUCCAGUAAUAUGGCUAAACAAAUCAACACAUCUGAACUUGCCAAAGAUUCCCUUGAAGCUGAGAAUAUGUUGCAGUUGCAUCAUGAACGAAAAGCUGAGAUUGAUGGUCGUCAGAAAUUGUUCAAAGUGGUUCGUGAACAAGGAAACAAUUUACUGAAGAAACUUGAGACAGCUUCAUCUCCUGAGUCUGCAGAUGUUGACAAAAUGAUCAAAGAAUUAGACAAGAGUCGUCUUCUUCUUACAGGAGCUUGGGACAAACGAAAUAAGCUUCUUACUGAGUGCCAUAACUUGCAGAUAUACAAGGAGACUGUGGAACAGGUUGAUGGAUGGCUUGCUGCUAAGGAAGCCAUUCUCAGUAACAAAGAUGUUGGGGAUUCUCUAUAUUCUGUUGAAGAACUGCUGAAAAAGCACAAAGCCUUUGAAAAGACUCUGCAUUCUCAACAAGACAAAAUAGAAGACUUGAAACAAUUCUCUGACAACCUUUGCAAUGAGCAGCACUAUGCAAGUGCUGAAAUAAAGGGUUUGAACCAAGCUGUUUGUGAAAGGCACCAGAAACUUUGGACUACUUCUCAGGCACGCCACAAGACUUUAGAUGAUGCCCGCAAAUAUCAGCUGUUCUUGCGUAAUCUUUAUGAAGUUACUAAUUGGAUUCAAGAGAAACUGAAAAUUGCCAGUGAAGAGAACUACAAGGAUCCCACCAAUUUACAAGCUAAGAUCCAGAAACACACUGCAUUUGAGGCAGAGUUAACAGCAAAUCGUAAUCGUGUUGAUGAUGUCGUACAGGAAGGAAGUAAAUUGGUACAGGCUAAUCAUUAUGCUAAAGACGAAAUUGAAAUUAGCUUAAAGGAAUUGGAAUGUUGCUGGAAAGAGCUGUUUUCAACAAGCAAUAGAAAAUAUCAGUAUCUAAAGGAAGCUUUUGAAGCUCUAACAAUAAAUCGUGACUUGGAUGAUCUCAAUCAGUGGCUGGAUGAAACGGAGAGUCAACUGACCUCUGAAGACCAUGGCAAAGAUUUAGUCACUGUCACCAUGCUUAUUAAAAAAAAUCAGCGUCUGAAGCAAGAUUUUGAGAACUAUAGGAAGAAAACGAACAACCUUUAUGAGUCCACAAAAUCUUUGAAAGAGGAAAAUCAUUUCAUGGGCAAAGAGUUAUUGAAAAGAACACAAGAAACUAUUGAUAGGUUUGAAUCAUUAUCAGAACCAUUCAAUAUUAGAGAAGAAAACUUAAAUGAUUCUCUUCAAUUAUACCGUUUCUAUCGGGAUCUAGAAGAUGAACUGACUUGGAUUAAUGAGAAACAGCCAAUUGUGGAAUCAAAAGAUUUUGGUAAAUCUCUCCCUGAAGUGCAGAACCUUUUGAAGAAAUUCCAGGCUGUUGAGUUUGAAAUUAUUGGCCAUGAACCUUCCAUUGAAGCUGUUGCAACAACUGCUCGCAAUAUGUUGAAAAGUAACCAUUUUGAAGCAGCUGAUAUUCAAGCUCGGAUUGAUAAUCUUCACAUCAAACUUCAGCGACUUAAAGAAUGCGCUUCUGUACGAAAAAUAAAACUUCAGAAUUCUUUGGAAGCACAGAAAUUUUAUGCUGAAGUGGAUGAAGCUGAAGCCUGGAUGAAAGAGAAAUUACCACUUUUGACAACUUCUGAUCUUGGUGUUGAUGAAGAUUCUGUACAGAUCCUGAUGAAGAAAUUAGAUGCUCUUGAGAGAGAUAUUGAAAAUUUCAGUAAUAACAUUGGUGAAUUAGCUGCUGUUCGACACAGUCUUGUAGACAGAGGACAUUAUGAUGCAGAAAACAUUCAGAGGUACCAGGAAAAAAUAGAAACCAUGUAUAGCAACCUGCAGGAUUUGUUGACUCAAAGACGUAUCAAACUAACAGAAGGCAAGCAAUUUUUUGAAUUUCUUAAAGAUGUUGAAGAAGCUUCCAGCCGAAUCCGUGAAAAGGCUGCCAUUGCCACCAGUGAAGAUUGUGGUCAAGAUUUGGAACAUGUUGAAAUCCAACAAAAAAUCGACACCCUCACUGAAGCUUAUCAGACAAUGUUACAGAAUUGGAAGGAACACAAAAAGGUUCAUGAAUACAAUCUUGAAGCUCAGAAAUUCCGUAAAGAAAUGGAGCAGUUUGAAAGCUGGAUAGCAGUAAGAGACCAGACUGUGAAAGAUCAGAAAUUCGGUAAUUCUAUUGAAGAAGUAGAAGAACUAAUCCGAAAACAUGAAGAUUUUGAAAAAACUAUUGCUGCACAGGAAGAAAAAUAUAACGCACUCCUUAAAAAAAUCAAGAUUGAAGAUGCUAUGGCUGAAAAGCACUUAAAAGACCAACAGGAUCAAAUGCAAUCAGAAAACCGAAAAGAUAAGGAUCGACUCAAUGAAAUUCGACGAAAGGAACAAGAACGAAUCUUAGAGGAAAGAAAACGUGAAGAUGAGGAGAGGAAAGCAAAAGAAUUAAUUAUUUCUUCACCUAACACUGAACCGAGUUCUUUUGAACCUGAUCCAUUGCAAGCAUCUGAGGGUCACAAAAUGGUACAGAAUUUACUGCGUCGUUCAAUGAGAGAGAAAUCCAAUAAACCCAUGACGACUCUGCAGCGUUCUGGAAGCUUCACUCAACAACCUUCUACCCAGAACAACAACAACAACAACGAGGAACAGACUCGUAUCGAGAGCCCACCAGUGUCUUCCCUUCUUAAUAAAAAGGAGAAAACUGAGGACUUGAAUAAAAUUAGGAGAACCACUAACCUAAGUUUCCGACGUAAAACUCACAGCUUUAAAGAAAAAUAUCACCUUCCAGACAACCUACAUUUUCCAGAAAUUGAAGGCUUUCUUGAAAGAAAGCAUGAACUACAGGCCGGAGGCAAAAAAGCAGCUCUUCGCUCUUGGAAAACAUUUUAUUCUGCAUUAUGUGGCAAAGUUUUGUGUUUUUUUAAAGAUAAAGAUGCAUUAGAAGAUAAAAUACCUGCUGCACAUAGCCUGAAUAUCAGCAAAGCAAUUUGUGAAGAAGCAACAGAUUAUACAAAGCGAGAAAAUGUUCUGCGAUUACGACUCAAAGAUGGUGCUGAAUUUUUGCUAGAUGCUGGCAGUCGAAAAGAAAUGUCAAACUGGCAGGAGAAGCUUUGUUAUUGGGCCACUGAGAGCAGUGAAGAUGUGAACAUGGAUUUAGAUCUUGACAUGGACAUAGAUGACUGCUGGGAUUCCUCCCAGCAGUCUGCAAAUUCAUCACCAACACAUCAAACAAGAGGAGCAGUGGAAACAGAUGAAAACAUCAAAACAAAUACCAUUAAAGAUGCUAUACCUGCAACUGUGACUGAAGAAACCUAUAAUGUCAAAAUUCACCGAAGUCCUUCUCCUCGACAGAUGCAUCCCAAUUCUUCAGAAAAGCCACAUGCGUCAUCAAAAGGUCGAUCUUCUCAAGUCCAUCCUACUAACUUGCCAGGUAAAGAUGGUUUCGUAUCCAAAGAGACUUCUGAUUCCUGGGAUGCCACCAGUAAUUACAGUUCGUUGUCGCAAAAAACCCCAGAAAAUAAUGACGUUGAAGCACUUCAAAGGCGGCCGAUGUCAUCCAGCUCAGUUGAAAGUACCACGGAUCUUGAGCAGAUGAGCACGAAGAUUCCUGGCGGUCAUCAAUUCAUGCCUCAGACAUUUGAAGAUGAUGAUGAUAAUUUAAAACUAGAAAAGGAGAAAAAAAAGAAAGGGUUUUCUUCUUUUUUCAGAAAGAAGAAAGACCACAAAGAAGUGAAGAAAGAUAAAAAUUAAUUCAUUCCAUUGAAGCCUGUGUUCCUAACUGUUCAUUCCCCCCAUUCAUCUGCCAGUAACUGCUGUACAGUUUUAUGACUUUCUUUCUCUGCUGGACGUAGAGAAAUGUCAAAUCUAGAUUUAUAAUUUGAAGCAACACAUUCCAAAUAAGCCUUAUGCAGGAUUUUGUUUGUUUUUUUUUUUUUUCUGACAGAAUUUUCUAGAAUUUCAUUCCAAGUUUUCCUCUCUUUCUACAUGGCAUCAAUUAAAGAAAAUGUUCUAUGACUUAAUAUUUACUUCACCUCAAAUUUCAACCCCUAUCAAGAAUUUGUUUAACGUCCUCUAUUUUUAACCCAUAAAUUAUUUCACACUAGCAUUGUUUCUAAUUAUCAAAAAGGGGUCAGCUAAAAAAAAUAUCCUUGGAGAAGAUUAAUCUUAAAACCAAGUUUGGAUCCACUGUAGAUUUAUACCAAAAUCCAAGCUCAUGUAUAAUGAUGGCCCAAACUCAUUUAUUUGUUUUAUAAGAUGAAGAGAUUCAUCUGGUACUUUUCAAACUGUCUGUCGUUUCAUUAAUUUUUUUUUUUAAUUCUUAAAUUUCAAAGGUGCAAGGAAAUUUUUUUUUUUUCUAAUUUUGUUUUGAUGUUUUUGUUUCUCAGAUUUUAUUAAUUGUGUGUGUGUUUUUGUUACUCAAAUUUUAUUACUUUAUAAACACAAAGGCACACACAUAAACAUUAAUAUUCAUCAUCUUGAUGUCCCCAUGCUUUUCCAUGGUUGCAUGAGUUGGAUGGCAGAUUUUCUACAGCAGAUGCCCUUUCCUGUAUCCACACAAAGAAACAGACAUGCUUUUGCCAAAUAUUGGAAAGGAAUGACAGUGCCAGUCAUUUACAACUCUCACUAUGAUGUCAAGUCAAAGGUCAGAGCUACACACACACACACACACAUUAUUAUAUGGCUGUGUGGUAAGAAGUUUGCUUCUCAAGUACAUGGUUCCGGAUUUGGUCUUACUACAUAGCACUUUUGGCAGGUGUCUUUCACUGAAUCCUUGUAAAUGUAUUUGAUGAAUGGAAACUGAAAGAAGCUCAUCCUAUAUGUAUGCUUGUAUUACUGUCCCCUUGCUUCAACACUGUAUGUGAGUUGUAAAUGAGUCUCACUGUUAUGCAAGCAGUGUUAUUCAUUUUCAAUCUUUCAUGAAAACUUAUCUGGUCAUGGGAAAAUAUUACCUUAUUUGGAUAUGAGGGUUGGCAACAAGAACGCCAUCUGGCGGUAGAAAAUCUGCCUCAACAAAUUCCGUUGAAUCCAUAGAAGCAGGGAACCAUGGACAUUAAAUUGAGGAUAUGUUUUUCUUUGUUUCUUUUUUUUAUCAAAACUGAAGCUGAGAGUUUGUCUUACAACUCAAAUUUCAGUUUCAAUAAAAAAAACAUCUACAUGUAUUAACCCCUCUUCAUUCUUCUGACAUAAUUCUAUAUAUUAUAAAAUAUUGGUUUUUGUGUGUGUGUGUGUGUGUGUGUGUAUAAUGUGAAGACAGCGAAACAUACAAAUAUGAAAUAACAGGUUCGUUAUUAGUGAAAAGUUAAAAUUCAAGUGUUUGUAGUUUUCCUACAAAAGCUUGAACUUAAUGAAAAGGCUUGUUUGAUAAUGUUAAUAAUCUGUUGAAUUUAUACGUGUGUGUGUGUGUGUAACAAGGCAGAAAAAUCAGGUUUAUGAAGGAUCCAUUGAGUAAAUUCAACAUAGAUUAUUAACAUUAUCAAACAAACCUUUCUCAAAACACUAAUUUUCAUGAAGUUCAAGCCUUUAUUGGAAAACUAUAAGCACUUGAAUUUCAACUUCUCAUAAAUAACUACCCCGGUUAUUUUGUAUUCGUAAUAAUUGCUUGUUUUCAUUCUGGUAAAACACCAUGACAGUCAAGACAUCUCAUGUACUAGGACAUCUUUUUUUGGAGUUUUUAUAAUGCUUCACUGUAUAACCUAACUGACAAUUUAGUUACUGUCCACAAUAUGCCAAAACAUUUAAUAGCAUAAUAUUUACUACAAUAUUGUUGAUCUACUGAAGGAACAAGCCCAGAGCCUUGAACUAAAAACAUGCCUUAACUCAGUUAUUCAGUUUGUUUGUUUUUGUAUUUUGUUUGUUUUCAAGCAGCUGUUCUACUGUUUGUGUAAGAUAUCAGAGGAACAAAGAUUUGAUAGAAACUGUAAUUUUUCUAUAGUAAAUAAAAUAUUAAAAUUUGGAA